AAACACAGUAUAAGUAUCAUGCCCAAUGAUUGCCCGACAGGGUGUCUGUGCCACAUUACCCCUCACUUGAAACCAACAGAGUCAACAAACAACUGGUCAAUCCGACAGAAUCACUGAUUGUCGGCUCAGGUUCGGCAAGGAAUCGGCAAGCCAAGAGGGGUUUUCAUUUAAAUGAUAUUCAUCCAGAAUGAGCUUCCGUGUUCCACUUACCUUCUGGUUCUCCUCCAGUAACGAAUUCAUUGACAGCUAAGUUGGGCAUUGAAACACCCGAGUUCGGACCAAUUGCCCCCUUAACCGGUUUCCAAAACAUCAAAGACCUAAGAUUAAUUGAUUCCAGACUUGUUUCUAUCCAUCUCCGUUGAAUUGCUUUCGCUUUUCCCGAAUUUGUUUUGAGAAGGGUUCAAACUCUGCUCGUUCAUCUCACCUUCAUCAAGCACAAUCGGACUCAAAACGCUCCAAUGGGGUUUGUGAACGGUGACUCUCUCAAUUCUGUUAACGAAAAAACAGAGCAAACUCUACAGGCUCAGGUUGACUACUCAUGGGCAGCACCACUCCUUGAACGGCCAAUCGAUGCAGACCGCAAGGUUCGAGUCAUUUGUGUUGGCGCCGGUUUCAGCGGAAUCGGUUCUGCUAUCCACAUAAGAGAACAUAUUCGCGAUAUCGAUUUCCAGGUCUACGAGGCUGCCGACGAUAUCGGCGGAGUAUGGCACCACAACCGGUACGCCGGAGUCGCCUGUGACAUCCCAUCACACAGUUACCAGUUUUCCUUCUGCCAAAAUACGCAGUGGUCAAAGUUCUAUGCCCCUGGUGAGGAGAUCCAUAACUAUCUAAAAAAGGUAGUUGGCCACUAUAACCUCCAAAGAUUCAUCAAGCUCAGACACCGAGUUGUCGGGGCAACUUGGUCUCAAGAAAAGGGCAAAUGGGCCGUCGCUGUACAAAACCUUGAAACGGGAAAAGAGACAGUUGACGAGGCUGACUUUAUCCUGUACGCCACUGGAUUAUUAUCCAAGCCUAAGUGGCCUUCCAUCACGGGGCGUGAAACAUACCAAGGCCUUCUUCAUCACUCCGCAAAUUGGGAUGCUGCGAAAGAAGAGAAGCAAGACGGCUUUUCGUGGAAAGACAAGAGAGUUGCUGUUAUUGGGGCAGGAUCCAGCGGUAUUCAGAUCAUGCCAGAAAUGCAGAAGAAAGCCAAACAUGUCACCAACUUUAUGAGGAGUAAAACUUGGGUAUCGUCGACGUUUGCAGCUGAUUUCAUGGAAAAGUUUGAUUGCCCUAAAGGUGCCAGCAACCAUAAAUUUACGGCAGAAGAAAAGAAGCGCUUCAUGGAUGAGAAUUACUACCAGCAGGUUCGCCACGAACUUGAAAGGGGGCUUAACUCUGCCCACAAGCUCACCGAGCAGAACCAGCCGAUACAACUUGAGGCUAGAAAAAUCAUUGAGCAGGCAAUGAAAGAGAAGCUGGAAGCAAAACCCGAGAUUGCCAAGAGCCUGAUACCAGAUUUCCCGGUGGCUUGCAAGCGUCUCACGCCAGGGCCAGGCUACCUGGAAUGCCUUUUGGCGGACAACGUUGAUUUCUGUUCUCAGGAAGUGGCAUGCUUCACCGCGAAAGGGCUGAUGACCGCUGAUGGUUGCGAGCACGAGUUCGACGCCAUUAUCUGUGCAACCGGGUUUGACGUAUCCGCCGUACCCGCUUUCCCCAUUCAUGGCUUGGACGGCGUGAACCUUCAGGAUCUCUGGGCCAAGGAACCAAAGCAAUACUUGGGCGUCUGCAUUCCCCAAGUGCCCAACUUCUUCACGGUUUUGGGCGCUCAGUCGGGCGUCGGUACAGGUUCGCUUCUUGUCUUGAUGGAGCAGGAAAUCGCCUACGCAAGCAAAUGCAUUCAAAAGUGCAUCCGAGAAGGCUACAAAAGCAUCGUUGUCAAAUGGAGUGCAGUGGAUUCGUUUCUCAAAUACACCGAUAACUACUUUGAUAGGACGGUGUUCAACGGAAACUGUAGGUCCUGGUACAAGAACGGGGCCACGGGUAAAGCGAAAAUUAGGACCCUAUGGCCUGGAUCCUGCCUGCACGCCUACACCGCUUUGCGCCAUCCUCGCUGGGAAGACUUUGACUACGAGCGACUUGACGAAUACGACCAUCCAAUGGCCUGGCUAGGCAACGGAGACGUGCGACCUGACCUCGAUCGUGCGUUCUAUUUCGAAGAACUCUGGGCCAUGCAUGAAGAUCACCCUAUGUUUCAUUAAUGGCAGUUUGGCCGCUGAUCCGACCGUUACAAUCAUCCCUUCUGUGGGUAGCAAUCUUGACAUGUGUCAAUGCGAGCAGCCUUUGUCAAAUCGUUUGGCGUGGUUUCAUAGUGGGUUCCAGGGUAAUAUAGAGAUAAGCAAACUUUUGACGACUAUGGAAAUGUUCAUGCGUUUGGCAAAGCUCCAUGGGCGGUUCCGCACAGGCCGAGGGUCUUGAACCCUAAAGGAAAGGACGCCGCUUCCUAGGAUACAAUGAGAGGGCAAUGAAAAUUGCUUACUGAAACGUAUCUCUGCCCAUUUUGCAUCAAAUCACAUC